AUGCGUAAAGUUAGCACAUUUCCAGCCUAUGAGAGAUGGGCUCUAAUGGCUAUCGUUUUGGUACUCAAACGCAUAUUUCUUCUCAACGACUCGUCUGAGAAGCGUUUGAGUCAUUACUCAAGAGAUUUAAACCAAUACUUUAAUUGGUAUGAAUGGGAACAAUAUUCACGCGUUCGGCUCGAGUUGAUUACGUCUUAUACCACAUCCCUGUAUGGCUGCAAAUUUGAAGAUAUAAAAGAUGUGGAUGUGAUUGUCGAGCAUUCGCUUAAACGCUCUGAUUAUGAAAUGACAAAAACCAUUGAAUGCAUCAAAAGGGGUUAUAAAUACUAUGACUUUCGGCAAGAUUUGCGACAGGAGUAUAAAUCUUUGCUUCUGAAUGAAAACGACUCUCACGACAGUCAGUCGACUGAAUCAGUCUAUCAUUCAUUAUAUCCGUUAACGACUGCAACAGAAUUGGCGUUAAAACGGGUCACUUCUCCCGCUGUGAAGGAAGUGUUGUCCACUAAUUUUGAAGACAAAUCACUGAGCGGUUGGACGUGUAGUCACGGAAAGGUAUUUCAUAGAGGCUAUGAUUUCUUACACAAAGAUCCCAAACAGUGGUCCUCAACGUUCAAACUGCUGAUCCGUUUGAGUUGUAUAAUACUCUGCUGUCGGACCAAAGAUCUCAUACCAAUCAUCAAUAGAAUGGAAACAAUAUAUUUCAGUAAUAAAAGCAUGAAAAAGAAAUUUAAACGUUAA